AUGGUUAAUGAUAUGUCGUUCGAAACUACAUCUCCACAAUCAUCUGCAUCCACAACAAAACCAGUAUCAUCAUUACAAGGGCAACAACAACAAACUCAAAAAACCAAACCACCAACGGCAUUUAAAAAAUUUUGGUUAUCAGUUCAACGUCAAAAUACCACAAAAUCUAGUAAAUCUACAUCAUCAUCUACUUCUAUUGACGACGAGCUAAUGAAAUAUCGAACCAUUGCCACAUUAGAAUCGACUGAUAUUAUUGAAAACGACAAACCACCAAAUGCACUUCAAUUUUGGGCCUCCAAUUCUUAUCAACUGCCUAUUUUUUCUAGUCUCGUUCAGCGUUUCUUAUCGACUCCUGCAACGUCGGUUGCAUCAGAAAGCUGCUUCAGCAUCGCCAGUUAUUUACACAGAAAGCAACGAAACCGUCUUAGUCCAUCAAAUCUGGCUCAUAUUGUCUUUUUAAAAGACAAAUUUGACUGUCAGGAGUAA